AUGGACGAAUCCAACAACCUUAACCCUAUCGCUUGCAAACGAUGCAAGGAACGCAAGGACCGACCAUCGGCUAUUAACGCUUCUCUUAGCACGGCGACUGCCGGCGAUAACUCCGCCUUAUCGGCCAUCCUUGAACGUCUACAGCGUGUAGAAGAAUCCAUCACACAUGCGCGGGCAGUGUCGGACAUCAGCACUCCUUCCUACACCAUAAAUGUCGAGUCCCCAAGCCAGACAAGUCAGAGUCAUGGAGCUAUUAGUAGUAGCAUCUCCUCUGCGCCAUCGGCGAUCUUCACGGGAACGACACCUUCGCCGCGACUACACCUGGAGCCUUCUGCGCCGACCGCGCUAGAUGCGACUGCCAUUCUCAGCGAUGCCGUGGCCCAGGUGGAAAGGGUGAGGGCAAAGAGUCUCACGACAGCCACUAUUACUGAAGAUGUGGCGAUAACUCCGGAAAUGUCCAAACUCUGGAUCAAAAAUUAUUUCAGCCGAGAACCCGAAGACACUUUUUCGAGUUUCCUCCCCAGGAAACUGCUCGAGAUGAUGCCCGACCUCGUGGGCAUGCCGCACGUCGACAUCGACGCGUCCAUUUGGGUCAUCUAUUACUGCAUUCUCUACCAAGGGUGCUGGUUCCCUCCGAAGAAUACGCCGCCGCCGGACUAUCAGAGCCAUCAAAGGAGACUCUACAUUUGCUGUCUUCGGUCGCUGCCCGUCUGGAGGAAGCAGGCGACCGGGACUAUAACAGACUUUUUGGCGGCAUUGUUUAUUGCCAGGGCAUCAGUUGAAUAUUUCGAUCACGAUCUCUUCUGGCAAACCUUCAAGGACGCCUGUCGGUAUGCCCAGGGGCUCAACCUCCACAACCUCGACAGCAACGCCAUGUCCUCGAGCGUACGAAGCGUCGUCGCCAGCUGGGACAGGAAAAGCCUGUGGAUGCUCAUCCAGAUCGACCUCUUCUUCCGCCUUCUAUGCGACACGCCCCCCGUGCUGACGGCGAACCUCGACAACUGGCGCGUGAACCUGCCGACGAUAUCCGCCGAAGAGAGCGAGACUGGUCCGAGGGCCGUGACGACGUCGUGCUUCAUCGUGGGGUCACGGGUCACCUUGAUCUUGGCGCAGUUCUUCCAGCUGCUUGAGGCGCCGACGAGGAACGACGAGACGCUGUUCGACGAGGCUUUGGCCCUGUGCGAUGAAAUUGAGAAGGUGUUUGAUGAGUGGCAGUUUCACGACUGGUUCAGAACCUGCUCCGAAGACAUCAACCUCGUCUGGGCGGUAGGAGAUGUGUUGCAAACGGGCUACGUCUCCAUCAUCUUCAUCAUGCGCAAGAUUGCCGCGCUCCGUUCCGGAUCACCUACGCCAAUCACCUGCGACGACGACAUUCCGGACCACCCCAUCGUCCUCCGAGCGGCGCGGCAGGGCCUCGAAAUCUGCGACGUCGUCCUGCGGGACCACCCCUACGCGUCGAUGAUUUCGUUCUUGUUCGGUGCUGGCCAGGCUCUCAUUUCCUGUGGAUGCUUGUUCAAGACCAUCUUGAGGGCCAGUAGGCCCGGGGACUAUGCCGAUGAUAUUGUGUUGCUAGAGAGGGUUGCUAAAGCGCUGGAGAGGGUUUCAAAGGAGCAGACGGAUUUUGCUCCGUUGGCGCAGGCGAUGGCUGAUUUGUGCAAGGAGGUGCAGGUGAGAGUUGAUGCUCAGGUAUAA